GGGGGAGGAGGAGGGGAGGAGGAGGAAGAAGAGGGGGAAGAUGAGGGGGAGGAGGAGGAGGAGGAAGGGGAAGAUGAAAAGGAGGACGACGUAUUAAUCGACAAGGAAACCCCAAACGAAACCCUAAUUUGCCUGGGAGCUGCAGCAACUAAAGUGAGGAAACUCGUAAAAGGAAAUGGGACCAACAAGCAAAGACGAGGAGAGGCACCAGGCAAGCGGACGGUAUCCGUCGAACGAGAUGACAGCUCAUACCAAGGACGCGAGACCUUGAAGGAAAGGAUCUUCCCAACAAUAAAAAGGUAUCGCCAGCUUAUGAGGAGGGAAACAGAAUUAAUACAGAGGGAGAGAGAAAUUCUCGAGAUAGAGAUUCAACUCGUGAAAAGGGAGAGAGAACUGGAGGAAAGGGCAAAGCAGCUCACUGAAGUGAGGGAAAAAUCACAAAAAAAGAUAAACCUGAGAGAAGGGAAACACGGCACACAUCAGAGCUUAAAAAGCAAAGAAACACAGUUUUCCAAUACUCAAAAGAAAAGCACCACAAUGAAAGCUAACGCAAACGACAUCAAAGGAAAGGGAGAUCUCACGAUUAAGGAUGAAAACAGCAAGCUGUGGCACGCAGCAACCAGCCUAGAUGGAAAAGGGAAGGAAGAAGAUGUAUUUACUAAGGAAAAAUUAAACAUCAGCAAACGACAAUGCAGUUUAAAUAUAGGUAAAGGAAAUGAGCGGGAGACAGCCAAUGGGGAUGGAGAAAUGGAUAACAGAACAUUACUACAGGAAAUGACCGGAAUAACAGAGGAAACUGACAUGAUAAACUUGAACAUAAGUAUAAAACAAAAGGUCAAACUCGAAAAAAUAAGUGAGGAGAGGACACAGAAAAGAGAAGAGAACGACAGGAGGUUUGAAAAUGAAAAUAUAACUAAAACAAAAGAUAACGACGGAGAAAAAGAAGAAAUCCCUACAAGUGGAUGUAUCCAGCGCGUACCCGAAAAAAGGAAGGAAAUUAAUGAGAACAAAAUGGGAAUAGUAAUCAAAGAGGACGAAUUUCUUGAUGACAAAGACGUAAUUCAGAAUGUUGACCUUGGCGAGGGAGAAAUAAUAAAAAGACACAACAGAGAAAUGGACAUAGAGCAGAAACUAUGCAGUGAAAAAGAAAAUGUACAAGUAGCGGAAACCGACGAAGCUAAAGGUCGAGUUAGAGUUCAAGAAAUGGAUAGAAUACUUGGCAGAGACCUAAUUAUAACUGAGGACAAAGAUACAAAUUUUGAAUCUGGAGAAGUUAAUAAUGAAAACGAAGAUACUUGCAAAGGGAAAAAAGUUGAGGAUGGCAAAUCCUUAGUUGAAAGCGAAAAAGAAACCGUUUUAUACAUUACAGAAAUUAUAGAAGAACAUCACUUACGUAGAGAAGAUGAAGCUACAGGCAUCAUGGAAACUUUAAAAUUAACCAUUAAAAAUGAAGCUACUGACGAAGAGAAACGAGAGGAGCCAGCUUAUAGGCGGGAAGUAAAUGCAGUGGUUGGUCAGGAGAAUGUCACUACAAAACAGGUAAAACAGACAACUGAUGGACAGGAAGAAGAUGUACUUAUUAGACAAGAAGAAAAAGCAACUGUUAGACAGGAAAUUUUCAUCAAUGGGCAGAAAAGAGAGUCAUAUCCUAAACAGGGAGAAAUAAAUACUGAACAAGAAAAGGAGACAAUUACUGGACAAGAUGGAAACGUAAUUAAAGGACAGGAUGAAGAAGCUACUGCUGAAUAUGAAGGAAUAACAAUUGCCGAGAAGGAAGAGCUACCAACUGUCUGGCAGGAAAAAGCAGUUGACAGACUGGGCGAUGAUGCAACCACUGGCCAGAAAAAAGAUGCAAUUAAUGAACAGGAAGAUGGAACAGUUUAUAAACAUGAAGGAAAUGUAACUGAUACACAGGAAGAAGAGAUUGCUAAACAAGAAGUUGAAACAGUCGAUGAAGAUAGAGAGGAAGCAUGUGCAGGACAUGAGGAGGCGGCAACUGCUGGAUUAGAAAAUAUAACAAUUAUUGGCAGUGAAAAGAAAACUAGCUCUGAACAAGAAGGGACAGUUGCCGAAAGGGAAGAAGUAACACUAAGUGAAAACCAAUUUACAACUUUUCUGACGGGAGGUGAUGCCAUUACUGUACAGAAAGAAGAGCUAUUCAAUGGACUGGAAGAAACAACUACUCCACUGAAAAGAGAAGCAAAUGUUGGACAGAAAGAAAGAACAAUCGUGGAAAUGCAAGGCGUAACUGUAAGAAAGGAAGGAUCUAAAACUACUGAACAUGGAAUAGAGCCAACUGAUGGGCUGGAAGAAACAAGAGGUUGGAAGAAAGACGAAGCUGAAGCAACUGCUGACCAGGAAGAAAAAUAUGCUAGACAAGGGCCAUCAGCAACAACUUCACAGGAAGACUCAAGUGACUGGCAAAAAGAAAAAACACGUACUGGAAAAGAAGAAACAAAUACUGGAGAAAAUGAAAAAACAAUAGAAGGACAGAUGGAAGAUACUGGGCAAGAAGAAGAUGCAAUUAUCAGAGAGGAAUCAGUAGAAAUUCCAGAACAGGAAGAAAAUGCAAUCACUGGAGUGGGGAAAGAAACAACUUUUGGUAAGAGAGCUGCAACGGCUGGAUGGGAGGCAGAAGGAAUUGCUGGACAGGGAGAAGACCCAAUUACAUUAAAGAAGGAAAAGGCAAUUACUGGACAGGGAGAAUAUAGGUUAACUUGCCGAGGGGCAGAGGAAACUGUUUGGCAGGAAGAUGGAAUUACAUUACAGAAAGAAAAAGCUAUUGCUGGACAGGAGGACCAUAGGUUUACUUGUAGAGGGGAGGAAACUGCUUGGCAGGAAGAAGAUGCAAUUACUUUUCAAAGGGCAAAAGCUAUUGCUGGACAGGGAGACCAUUGGUUUACUUGCCGAAGGAAGGAGGAAACCACUGGACAGGAAGAAGAUGCAAUUACAUUACAGAAGGAAAAGUCUACUGCUGGACAGGGAGAACCUAGGGUUACUUGCCGAGGGGAAGAGGAAACUGCUUCGCAGGAAGAAGAUGCAAUUACAUUAAAGAAGGAAAAGGCAGUUACUGGACAGGGCGAAUAUAGUAUGUUUACUUGGCGAAAUGAAGAGGAAAAUGCUGGACAGGAAGGACAUACAAUUACUACAAGGGAGGAAGAUGCAAUUGCUGCACCAGAUGAAGCAACUACUGGACAGGAACAAAAUCUAUUUAUUAGACAGGAGGCUGAGGCACCUGCUGAACAGAAAGGAACACCUUAUGGACAAGCAGAUACAACUAACAUAUGGGAGGAGGAGGCAAGUGCGAGAAAAGAAGCAGUUACUAAAAAGGAAGAAUAUUUAGUUAUUGAACAGGAAGAAGCUAAGCCUAUUUGGCUGAAGGAGGAGGCAACUACUGGACAAGUAAAAAAUAAAAGUAUGAUACCAGAGGAUGAGGCAAUUACUAAACAAGAAAAAGCAACUACUGGACAGGAAGAUGUGUUUAUUGAGCUGGAGAAAGAGGCCACUACUGAACUACAAAAAGAGAUCAUUUCUGGAAGGGAGUACUCAACUGCUUGGCAUAAAGAAAAGGUACUUACUACUCUGAAUGAAAAGAAUAUUACUGGGCAAGUAGAAAACGCAACUGUUAGUCAGGAAGACAAAUUAACCAUUGUGCAGAUAGAAACAGGAGGUAAACUUGAAGAAGCUGGAAAAGAAGUAACCGUUGGACAGGAAGCCGACACUGUCAAUGAACAUAUAAAGGCUAAUAAUCAAGAAAGGAAUUCACUCAUGACAGGGGUAGUUUCGAAGACAGAAACAACAAACAUGAAGGGCAAAUUGACUGAAAAGCAAACAAAGCUAGUGGAGAAACUGGCAGAGGAUUUUUAUCCAGACAUGAGACAACAGGAAAUGAACAGUACAGUGGAGCCGAGUGAUACAGAGUAUGAAACAGCGUACGAGUGUCAAAACAAAUGCAACAAUACACCACAGGAAAACGAAAGGCAUAUGCAUUAUAUUAACGCACAAUUACAGAAGCAGCACACAAAAAAGGCCGAAACAAAACCGGCUAACAAGAGAGACAGGAGGUCCAGCUGCAGAGCACGAAAUGUGACUGAUGAUGUCUGCAAAAGUACCAGUGAUGAAGGAGACUGUAAGAAUAGCAUAAGAGAACAAAGUAUAAAAGAGGUAACAAAUGCUGAAAGCAACAACGUCAACAAAGAUGGUAAAAGCAAAACUGUAAGUGGAAGGACUGAUAAAGAUUUAUUCAAUAAAACUUAUAAAGAAUGCAAUGAUUAUUCUGGCAGUAAAUGUAGUAGUGGAGAAAAAAGAUUCUGUGUAAACUGUGGGAGCAGCUUGGAAGAGGAAAAAUCUGAUGAAAACAGUGAAAGUAGCAUUAAAAUAGAAAUAGAUGGAAACAAUGAAAACAGCCCUGCAGAUGAAACAUCUGAUGAAAACAGCGCUGAAGAUGAAAGAUCUGAUGAAAACAGCCCUGCAGAUGAAACAUCCGAUAAAAACAGCUCUGAAGAUGAAAUAUCUGAUGAAAACAGCUCUGAAGAUGAAACAUCUGAUGAAAACAGCACUGAAGAUGAAACAUCUCAUGAAAACAAUGAAAACAGUGAAAUUAUUGAAAGCAGCACUGAAGAGGCAGUAGAUGGACACCAUGAAAGCAGCAAUGAACAGGAAACGGAUGUCGGAGAAGAAAUUGUUAAGGAAAAAUACGGUGUCAUUGUCGACAAUGAGGGUGAAGUUGAAAAGAGAAGAAAUAAAAGGGCAAGAGAAACACGCCGUACCAACACCAGCAGCAAAAGGACAGGUGAUGACAAUUUACAAGACACUUCCAGCGAAGCAGAUUUUAAUGCUUCAAGCCAUAGACGUGCCCUAACCACAACAGAAUUAGGACCCUCAGGAGCAGAGGCUGGUGGAAAUACUAUGAAACAAGACCAAAAUAGGAAGUCCACCAAACCGAGAGGAAGCCCGGCGCAACCCACUACUCCGGCGGAGAUGGCGCCCAGAAAUCCGUCAUCGAGCGACGGGAGAGGCUCCGGGGAAAUUCCUUGCACAACAGAAAAAGGGAAAAGGAGAACGGACUUCGAGGCCAAAGAAACCAAAAACAGUGCGAAAAAUGAGCGAGGCAAUGUCACAAGAGAUGAAAGGGAUGAACGUUCACGAACGAGUCGAGACUGUCAUGAUCGCUCCCCUGUAAAGGAAGAGGACAGCACUCGGCCGAUAAAUAACACAAAGGGCAGUGGCCAGCGCCAGAAACAUAAAAACAAUGGGGACAUAAGCGUCAAAGAUAAGUCUACCAAGAGAAUGAAAGGUAGGAAAAAAUGUACCCAAGAUAAUAAAGAAAAUGCAAAAGAAGUUCCCGAACAGGAGGACGUUAAUAACAGGUGGCUCUGUACGAUGAGCUAGAAGACAAACAGAGAGCAACACCUAAUUAAGAAAUACAAGAGGAAACAAGGAAAGACCAACAAAAAAUAAAGAGUAAACAUGAGCGACCUGACGUCCGAGAAGCCAUACGAGUAAUGUCUGUUAAACCUUCAAUUAUUCUUAUCCCAUUGAACAUUAUAAUAUUUUCUGAUGACAAUGAAGGAACUUCACAAGCAGUCUACUCGCGCUGACAUCGCGUUUCAAUGUAAAUCUUCUAAGGUGAAACUCGAAUAAUUGAAAUCAAUUAAACAAGAGGCGACACUGACUUCUAUUGCUACAUGCAAUAGUUUAAGGCGAACCUCUUUUAUUUUUUAACGAGAGAAUGAAUGACAAAAUAUUCAACAGUGAUAGAAAAUACUAAUUUAGUGUCACUUCUAACAGAAUUUGCAGAUAGAAAUCUGGUAUACAUAUAUAUAGAAUAAUGGCAAAGUACAAAAAUCCGUAAAACCUGUGCAACUUGAGCACCAUUUUUCUUUUAAAAAAUCCAACUUGAGCACCAUUUUCCUUUAAAAAAAUCCAACUUGAGCACCAUUUUUCUUUUUAAAAAAUCCAACUUGAGCACCAUUUUUCUUUAAAAAAAAUCCAACUUGAGCACCAUUUUUCUUUAAAAAAAAAAAUCCAACUUGAGCACCAUUUAAAAAUUCAUAUUGCAAUAAGGACACGAACGCAGUUCGCAUAGGCCUACCGUUCCUGUUGCGCAGUGGGCGAUUUUUCUUUUAAUAACAAAAAAUAUAUCUUCAGUGGAAAGUG